GCCUGUGUGUGCACCACGUGCGCUGACAGCAAUUUAAGCCAUGGAGCUGCUAGCGGGUGCUGCUGCAGCAGCAUGGGGAGGUGGAGAGCUUUUCUCCUACAACAGGGAGAACUACAUGUUUGACAAGGAGCUCCUCAUCAAGCGAGAUUACCAAGGGCAGAAAAUGCGUGUGAAACGAGCAGAGCUUUACCGUGAGGAUAUCCGAGAUCUGGUCCAGCUGACUGUGCGAAAGAUGGACAACUACUUGGUCGUUAGCACCCUGCAGUUGGGCUUUUGCAUGACUCUCUAUGUGGAGGGCCGCCCCAAACCAGACAUUGGGUUGCCUCUUUGGCUGAUCCACCUUUUUGCCAUUUGCAAUGCUGGUGCGUUUCUGUACUACAUCUUAAGCAUUUGGUUGGCGAUGCAUGCAUCUGUUGCCGCCCAUGCUUUUGGCGUGCGCCUGCUUACUCAAGUAGUUCGUUUGCCCAUCCCUGACGAUGCCACGUUGGACAAGAGCCGCUUCAAAGCGCUACAGUAUGAGGGGAACAAGGUUAAAGAGAUGUUCCGUGUGCCAGUGCUGCAGCAACAGAUUCAGCGAUUUACGCAAGCAAUGGACAAAACAGAUGAGGAGGAUUCUGUAUCUGCGGAGGUCUCGGCAUCUGGUGAAUCCGCCACAAAUUCAGAUGGUGAGGAGACCGAAGGAGAUGCGAACUUUACUGUGGUACACCUUCCACACAUCAAGCACUUUCGCAGGAUUCAGGCCCACUGGCAGUCGUACGAUGCCUACGCACGUGUGUGCAUGGCCAUGGGGACCAAUCAGUUGCUUCACACCUUGAGUUACAUGAUGUUGGGAACGUUGGUGGCGGAGAACGAUGUUCCAUUCCCGGCAUUGUGUUGCGUGGUGAUAUUCACUACCUGCGCCUGGGUUCUGGCAAGGUUGGAUCUAUUCUUGUCACGGAGGAUUCUGGCCAUCGCUGGAAUCUUACUAGUUCUUCCACCAGCCAUCGUGACAGGGAGCCUUAGCGUGCAUCGUGGAUUUAGCAAAGUCCCGCUGCCAGCAGCUGGCUUUGCGACAAUGAUGUACCGCGUUCUCGUGCCCAUUGCUUUCUUCUUGCAUAUCCUUUGGAUUGUCUUCACAGUGUUCGUUGCGAAAGCGAGGGUUCAAGAUGAUGAGAUGGCACUGCCCACAAAUUUCCGAAGUGUUCUUUUCCUGGAUGUUUUCGGAUGGCUAGCUGAAGCAGUGGAGGAUCAAGAUGACGAGGAUGCAACCCCGCAAGUGGCUAGGACACGAGAGCGUCAGCUGUCCACAGUCAGUGAAGGGAUUGAAGGCCUUGAAGAGCUGCCAGCAGAGGCACUCCGCGAAGCUAUUGGGAAAUGUCAUCAGCUCCGAGCACGGCUGGAAAAGGAUUUGGCGCGGUUUGCCUCGGAGAAUGUGCAAGCCAUGUUGAGCGAGGAUGAAUGUGACCUCAGGCUGCUCCGGCACAAGUUCAAUCAGCUGCCGACCACCUUGGGCGAAGUGCAGGCAGAUCUUCCAGCCUCCUCCAAUGUGGAGGUUCCAAGCGAAGAAUCUCAAGUGGUUUGGGUGCGUGUGGACCUUGAGAGCAAUGGCCGAACCAUGCAGGUCUUCCAAAAUUGUGAGGACGGCACAUGCAUUUGUGAAGAGCCUCCCACUUCUGGUCGAAUUGUGGACGUCCUGUGCUUGCGCACAGACAUGAACAGGUUUGCCCAGCAGGUGAGCAUGAUCAGGAGACAGCGCCACCUUGCCAGGAACAGGGCAAGAUCUGCCGCUGCCACAGAUGAUGACGUCCUUGCAGACGCCCCGAGCGUGGAUUUGACUUUUCACCCAGCCGCCUCUCAAGCCCAGCUACAGGAUGGUGACGAUGAAGAGCAAGAGGAGGAGCAGAGAAGGGCAGAGCGCAGCCGGCUGAGCACCACGGGCCGCAUGCCCUGGCGAACAGUGAAGCUUGGCAGCUUGGUGCUGCUGGCUGCGUGGACCGUAGGUCUGGUGUGGAUUAUUGCCUUCAUUAGUUUCGAAGCAAUGCACCACCACAAGACCAGCACCUUAGAGCAGACCUUGUUGGCCGACCUAAGCCCCACCCCUGCCUGGUUGCAGCUGGGGCACGAACGGCACAAGGUCACCUUCUCACUUCCACGUGGAGAACCAGUUAGCUUCACAACUUGGCCUGGGCCUUUCUCCCGCCCAACAUCGCUGGCGUGCCAUCCAGGACUAGAUGCCCUGUUUGUCCUGGAUAAGUACGUCGUGCAAGUUCUUGCAGAGAACAAUUUGACAAAUCUCCAGCAACUUCAGGCUCAGGUGGACAGCUGCCUCUUCGGCCAACUGCAGGACUUCCAGGCCCAAGGCCUCCAAAGCGCCACAGUUGACUGUGAGGAGGCUUCGACAGGGAGUUGCACCCUUUGGCUUUUAGCUGCCAGUGGCUUGGAAUUGCUUUCCUGUCCUUUGGGUGGCAGCAAGCCAGCACGACUCUGGCAGCCGAAGGGUGGCCCGUGGCGCAGCAUACAAAUUCAUGGGGAGGAGUUUUGGGCUUUGCGCAGCAGUGGUGCCUUUGAUGAUGACAAGGAUCAUGUUGUCCAGCUGCAGCAAACCUGCGCUGACAACUCUUGCGAGCUGCUGCCGCGCCGUGACUUAGACAUAUCCGGGCGCCUGGAUUCCUUGUUGCGGUGGCCUGGCGUCCCUUGGCUCUUCACGUGGGCCACAAGCGAGGGCGUCCUACGUGGUUUUAAUUUGGUGGAGAUCCCGAAGCCCAUGGCGAGGCUCAUCGAGCUCACCGGCCCGAGGCGUUCGAAAGAUGAACGCUGGCUUGGUGCAUGCGUGGGCCGAGGGAGUUUGUACUCGCUUGAAGAUCUUGGCCAAAGUGCAGAUCAAAGUUUUCACAGGAGACAGUGAUCGGUGCCCUGAUGGCGUUGUGUCCUCAUAUCCAUUGGUGCGGAUUUCAAUGGCCCAUGCUCGAAGACCUGUUGAUCGAUGAUUCUCACUUUGUUUGGCUGACCACCAUGCAAACCAGGGACGACUGGCAGGGCCAGGCGUUUGGCCCUUCCCUGGUGGGACCCAUUGAGCGGGCUGCCAUCUCGCUGCACGGACUGCAGCAGGAAUGAGGAUCUUCCGAAGAAGUCUGGACAUGCAGAAGACCAGCCUGUCUCCCUGAACCCAUGAAGGGUCAGCAGCGCGUCAGGCCUGCACUUAGCCCUUUAUCUCAGUGGGCACAAGCCGCUUGGGCAACAGCCUUCAGAAAAA